CUCGGGCUCGGCUCGGGCGGCGGAGGCGGAGGAAGAAGAGGAGGCGGCGGCGGCGGCGGCUCGGGCUCACGGCCCCCCAGCGGGAGGAGGAUGAAGCGGCGGAACGCGGACUGCAGCAAACUCCGCCGCCCCCUAAAGCGGAACCGGAUCACCGAGGGCAUCUACGGCAGUACAUUUUUAUACCUGAAAUUCCUGGUAGUGUGGGCGCUUGUGUUGCUGGCAGAUUUUGUCCUGGAGUUCAGAUUUGAAUACCUUUGGCCAUUCUGGCUUUUCAUCAGAAGUGUUUAUGAUUCCUUCAGAUAUCAGGGUUUGGCCUUCUCUGUGUUUUUUGUUUGUGUAGCAUUCACCUCAAAUAUAAUAUGUCUCCUGUUCAUCCCUAUACAAUGGCUUUUUUUUGCUGCCAGCACCUAUGUAUGGGUACAGUACGUCUGGCACACAGAAAGGGGAGUAUGUUUGCCCACAGUGUCCCUGUGGAUACUCUUUGUUUAUAUUGAAGCAGCAAUUAGAUUUAAAGAUCUCAAAAACUUUCAUGUAGACCUCUGUCGUCCAUUUGCUGCUCACUGUAUUGGGUACCCUGUGGUGACCUUGGGCUUUGGCUUCAAAAGUUACGUAAGCUAUAAGAUGCGGUUAAGAAAACAAAAAGAGGUGCAGAAAGAGAAUGAAUUUUACAUGCAGCUUCUUCAACAGGCUCUCCCUCCAGAGCAACAGAUGCUGCAGAGGCAAGAGAGGGAGGCGGAGGAAGCAGCCAAAGGAUUGUCUGAUGUGGACUCCUCGAUGCUGUUACACCACAACGGAGGCAUUCCAACCAGCAAAAAGUUAUCUACAACUUUGCCAGAGCUAGAAUACAGAGAAAAGGGGAAAGAAAAGGAAAAAGAUGCCAAGAAACACAAUCUUGGAAUAAAUAACAAUAUUUUACAGCCCGUAGACUCUAAAAUACAAGAAAUUGAAUAUAUGGAAAACCAUAUCAAUAGUAAAAGAUUGAAUAAUGACCUGGUAGGAAGUACAGAAAACCUCUUAAAGGAGGACUCAUGCACUGCCUCCUCAAAGAAUUACAAAAACGCCAGUGGUGUUGUGAACUCCUCCCCUCGAAGUCACAGCGCCACAAAUGGGAGCAUCCCUUCCUCAUCCAGUAAGAAUGAGAAAAAGCAGAAGUGCGCCAGCAAAAGUCCAGGCGUGCACAAGGACUUAAUGGAGAACUGUAUUCCUAACAACCAGCUCAGCAAACCAGAUGCCCUGGUAAGGUUGGAACAAGACAUUAAAAAGUUAAAGGCUGACCUGCAGGCCAGCAGGCAGGUGGAACAGGAGCUCCGCAGUCAAAUCAGCUCCUUGACCAGCACAGAGCGGGGGAUUCGCUCUGAAAUCGGCCAGCUCCGACAAGAGAAUGAGCUGCUCCAGAACAAAUUACAUAAUGCUGUCCAGAUGAAACAAAAGGAUAAGCAGACCAUCAGCCAGUUGGAGAAAAAACUGAAAGCAGAGCAGGAGGCUCGAAGCUUUGUAGAAAAGCAAUUAAUGGAGGAGAAAAAAAGGAAGAAGUUAGAAGAAGCAACUGCUGCACGAGCUGUUGCCUUUGCUGCUGCUACCAGGGGAGAGUGCACUGAAACUUUACGAAAUCGCAUCCGAGAGCUUGAGACAGAAUGCAAGAAACUAACGAUUGACAUGAAAUUGAAAGAAGACCAAAUCAGAGAAUUAGAAAUUAAAGUUCAGGAGCUCCGGAAAUACAAAGAGAAUGAGAAGGAUACAGAGGUGUUAAUGUCAGCACUGUCAGCCAUGCAAGAUAAAACCCAGCACUUAGAGAACAGCCUGAGUGCGGAGACGAGAAUCAAGCUGGAUCUUUUCUCUGCUCUAGGAGACGCUAAACGGCAGCUCGAGAUUGCCCAAGGGCAAAUCCUUCAGAAAGAUCAGGAAAUCAAGGACCUCAAACAGAAGAUCGCAGAAGUCAUGGCGGUCAUGCCCAGCAUAACGUACACUGCAGCCACCAGCCCCCUGAGUCCUGUUUCCCCCCAUUAUUCUUCCAAAUUUGUGGAGACCAGCCCAUCCGGACUUGAUCCCAAUGCCUCUGUUUAUCAGCCCCUGAAGAAAUGAAGGCCAACUUUGUAUUUGCCCGACAUUUUGGUCACAUGGAAGGCAUCGCAAAGGAGCAUCUCUUGCAGUCAAGAUAAAAAAAAAAUUGUAUUGUGUGGGACUGUAUAUGUUGUCAUUUGAAAAAAAGAAAGGGGGUGGGGGGUAGGGAGAACAUCCAAGUCUGAUUAGAACUGCCCAUCAGUUUUUCUUGUAAAUUUUUAGAAAACCUCACAGAACUUUGCAAUUUAUUUUUCUCGGCCAAUGCAUUAAAACAACUCUUGGAUUUCACGUA